UGUAUCCAGGUGAAAAGCUUGAUUAGUCAGGUCUGUACAGGUAGGUAACUACUACAGAACAGGAGGUGAGCUCACAUUGUUGGGAGUAAACAGAAACUUCGCGCCUCCUGGAAUAUUUUACUUUUAUCGAUUUAACGAAUUAUAAUAUUUUGUAAUGCGGUGUUGUUGAUUAUUGAUGAUACGUGUUCUGAGUGUUUUUAUAAGGAAAUAUAAUACACAGCUGUUAUCGGCGAAUGUUCAAGGUGAAUGGCGAUGCUUUUGCAUUUAUUCAUACUGUAUCAACUGCUUCCCUGUGGAAACUUUGCUUGUAUGAGAAAGUUAUUACACACCACAGGGACAGAGGACCAGUCAAAAGAAGUUUUCGUGCAAGAGGAGCAGGCAAAUGCAUUCUUAGGACGCCAUCUAUUGGCCAACCGAUUUGACUUUGAGCUCUUCACUCCUGGGAAUUUGGAGAGGGAGUGCUUUGAAGAAGUCUGCAACUAUGAGGAAGCACGAGAGGUCUUUGAAAAUGUCCCUCAGACUGAUGACUUCUGGAAAAAGUACACAGAGGAUGAGGACACGCGGCCUUCGCGGCUGGAUGUGACUGCCCUGCUUGUGGGUCUGAUCGCGGCAGGGGUGGCCGUCGUCAUCUUUGGCCUGUUGGUCUGGUACUUCUGCAAGGGGAGUUGUAAGGAUAACCUCUCACGUGCCGGCUCUGUUAGGGUGCGUCCAAGGCGCAGUAAUGCCUCGCUGAUCAUGCGGAGACUGGAUGAGGUCUCUCUGCAGCCCGUGCUCCUGCCCCCGCCGGAGGAGAUUGACCCCCCAGGCCUGCCCUCCUAUGAGGACGCCAUCGGCAAAACCGGAACGCACGACGCCCCACCUCCUCCUUACCCUGGGUCUCAACCUGGAAGUAUUCGACGAUAGCAUCUUUGACCUCGCUGGAUGAAUGUCUCCAUAUUGAGCUUCAUCAAAUGCUACUGAAGAGGUUUAGAUCUAUUUACUUUAUAUGGUUGUUCUCCACUGUGCAUACCUUGUGAUAAUUGUAGAUCUGUGUGACUGAUUAACUCUUUACCUCUUCCGUUACCUGCAAUUCGAGAUGUUUAGCAUAUUUAUCUAUUUGUACAAAUGUUUAGCAAUUUUUCUGCAUGUGCCAAAAUGGAUUUAUUCCUCAUCACUUUAUUCCUCACUUAUGUCAACUUUUGAGUUGGACUUGCUUUAACCCAUAACAACUAAUGAGGUAAUACUUGACAUGAUGUAACUUAGUUUGACUUUAGUUUAACUAAGUUACAAAAAAAGCAUAAAAGCAUAGUUGUAACUAAGUUACAACUAUGCUUUUAUGAAUGGAAAAUUAAGCAUGAGAAACCGUAUUGAGUCUAUACCAGUGGAGGCUGGAUCGGAGCGAAUGGAAUGGCAUCAAGCACAAGGAAACCAUGUGUUUUGUAUUUAAUUUCAUUCCACUCCAGCCAUUACCACGAGUCUGUCCGCCCCAAUUAAGGUUCCACCAACCUGUGGUAUACAUACAAGUCUGCCUACUACAACUUUAUUUUAGUCAUUUAGCAGACGCUCUCAUCCAGAGCGACUUACAGUAGUGAAUGCAUACAUUUCAUUUCAUGCAUUUUUUUUUGUUGUACUGCCCCCCCGUGGGAAUCGAACCCACAACCCUGGCGUUGCACACACCAUGCUGGCGUUGCCAACACCAUGCUCUACCAACUGAGCCACAGGGAAGACACUACUGUAGCCUGUUGAUUAAUGACACAAUAUGAGCAUAGUUUUAGGACAGACUGAGAGAAUUGACACUUCCACAUUCUCUAAAUCAUAUUAGAUAUACAGUGGUUUCUAAAAGUAUUGGGACAGUGACAAUAUUUGUUGUGAGAAAGAUGCACAAAUAUCAUCCCCCCCCAAUCUCCCCUGUUAUUGUAAUGGUGAGAGGGUAGCAUGUCUUGGGGGUAUGAUAUAAAAUGCUAAUCUCCCCUGUUAUUGUAAUGGUGAGAGGUUAGCAUGUCUUGGGGGUAUGAUAUAAAAUGCUAAUCUCCCCUGUUAUUGUAAUGGUGAGAGGUU